UUAGAGACACCGUCCCGCCGGACAUUAGCCAUGUUAGCUGCCGCUCCUGCUAAUGUUUGGUGAGCUAGCUGGCUAACUGGCUCUAGAGAGCUGAGCGGUGAGAGAUCCUCCCGGGCUGUAAGAGAUCCGGGCUGCUGUUGGUUGGUGUGCAGUCGGUUGUUGAGGAUUAAGGAGUUGCCCGGCAGUGGUCAGGGGGUACCGGCUGGAGUCUCAACUCAAUAACGACCCUCUCAGAUAUCCAGCUGACAUCAAACCCAUCGGUUACCUGUCUUUUCACGUGGCUGUUUUCUGUGACUCUGGGUUGCCUCGUCUGCUGUGGCCCUGCAACAUGGAGAGUGUCAACUGUGUCACUGAAGGCUGACCAGAAGGAAUGAGGCACUCCAGGAGAUGUUCCCAAGUGGCCUUGUGGAUGCAGUAGCUGGGUUUCGGAGUGCUUUUUUAUGACUAGUAUUGUAUGUGCAUCUGUGGGCACAUCCUAGCACAACCUGCCUAUUCUUCAGGCAGGGACAUGCUACUCUGAGACUGGAGCUGGAGAAACACACAAGAAAGGAGCCCCUCUGGUAAACAAGGAACACGAAGAAAAAAAGGGAAGCACUCAGCAGAAGAGCUGUCUGAUAGAUACGCGGGGCACUUGAUCGCAUUUAAGUGUCUUCUUAAAACAUUGCACAUUUUAGCAGCAACACCUUUCCUCUGUCCUGUGAGAUUUUGUCUCCCUCCCCCUCCCUAAAGCAUCCUCUGUCGUUGUCAUUGGAGUUUCUAUGGUUUGCAUGGCUGGAGAAUAACCGUGGAGAGGCCAGGGUAUCACAAGCUUAUGGAUUUUGAUAAGAGAGGGGGCAAGGGAGAGACAGAGGAAGGGAAAAAGAUGUCUAAGACAGCAGGCAGCAGGACUGGACAUGGGGGCCGGAGUUCGGGGACCAAUUCUGGAGUUCUUAUGGUUGGCCCAAAUUUCCGUGUGGGUAAAAAAAUCGGCUGUGGGAACUUUGGAGAGCUGCGGUUGGGAAAAAAUCUCUAUACUAACGAAUAUGUGGCCAUCAAAUUGGAACCUAUAAAGUCCAGGGCGCCACAGCUCCAUUUGGAGUAUAGAUUUUACAAACAGUUGGGAAAUUCAGAGGGAAUCCCUCAGGUGUACUACUUUGGUCCUUGUGGGAAAUACAACGCCAUGGUGCUGGAGCUGCUCGGGCCCAGUCUAGAGGACCUGUUUGACCUCUGUGACCGCACCUUCUCCCUCAAGACCGUCCUCAUGAUAGCCAUACAGCUGAUAACACGGAUGGAGUAUGUCCACACCAAGAGUCUGAUAUACAGAGACGUGAAGCCAGAAAACUUCCUGGUAGGGCGGCCAGGCAGCAAGAGGCAACACACCAUCCACAUCAUUGACUUUGGUCUGGCCAAAGAGUACAUAGACCCCGAGACCAAAAAACACAUCCCCUACAGGGAGCACAAGAGUCUGACUGGGACGGCACGCUACAUGAGCAUCAACACACACUUGGGAAAGGAGCAAAGCAGAAGGGAUGAUUUGGAAGCGCUGGGUCACAUGUUCAUGUACUUCCUCCGAGGUAGCCUCCCCUGGCAGGGCCUUAAGGCGGACACUUUGAAGGAGCGGUAUCAGAAAAUAGGGGACACCAAACGAGCGACACCCAUUGAAGUGCUUUGUGAAAGCUUCCCUGAAGAGAUGGCCACCUACCUGCGCUAUGUGAGGAGGCUGGACUUCUUUGAGAAGCCUGAUUACGACUACUUGAGGAAGCUCUUCACUGAUCUGUUCGACAGGAAUGGCUAUGUCUUUGACUAUGAAUAUGACUGGGUCGGCAAAUCACUUCCCACACCGAUAGGCCCCAUCCCCAGUGACACACCCCUGCCCCCCAGCAGCAGAGACAAAGCACAACAGCAGACCAAAAACCAGUCGCCUGAGCCCAAAGGAAGUGAGUCUCAGCCAACUCCAGUGACCAAUAAGGAGACUCUGGGGUCGCACCUCACAGCUGAGCGGCUGGGGGGCUCUGUUCAGGUGAUGAGCUCAACGAAUGGCGAGCUGAACACUGAUGAUCCCACAGCCGGACACUCCAACGCUCCCAUCACCGCUCCCACCGAGGUUGAAGUGGCUGACGAAACCAAGUGCUGUUGUUUCUUCAAAAGGAGAAAGAGGAAAGCCCUCCAGAGGCACAAGUGAAAUAAGAGAACGGAGAGAACUUGAAACAUUGUGGUCACUGUCAAGUUUUAAAUGGAAGCAACUACACAGACCCUCCCCUCCCCUGUCCUUUAUCUCUUUCCAGCUUCCCCCUCACCUCUUUAUCCCUCUCACCUUAUUCCCACUGUCACUCUGUACCUCCCCUCCCCUCGCGCUCUCUCUUUCUCGUUCUCAGUGCUCCCCGGCUACUGGCGAGUUAAAGGAAUGUUGCAGUCCUACUGACUCCACAACAGACUCUUGAUUCCUUUAUCGAAGAAAAAUAAACGUACCUGCAUUACAACGGGGGGCUUGAGAAAAAGUAAAAAAGCUGUAACAAUGAAACUCGAAUACGUGGCGUGAAUAUGAAAAAAGAUACUGUUUGAAACAGUUGUGUAUUCUAGAUUCCAUAAGAACGAGAUGAUCAGGGGGAACCAUUCGAGUGGUUCGAGUGGAAGAAAUCUGCUCCUUAGGAAAUUGUUUUGUUUUUUCUUUUCUUCCUUUGGUGUGUGUUUUGGGAUCAAGGUAAAGAGGAAAAGGUGAACUUGCUGAUGUUAAAUCUGAGCGACACAGGAAGCAUUUCAUCUAUAAAACAGAAUUUGGAGGAUUUUUAUGUUUGUUUUUUUCUUUCUUUUUUUGUAAUUGAAUCCUCAGUUUUCAAAAUCAAAUCCCUGCAUUGAAAACUUAUUUUUAUGUUGUAGUGUUUCUGGAGUUCAAUUCUUUUCCUCUCUCUGGCUUUCUUUUUGUCUGUCAACGUGGACUUUGUAGCACAGUCACUGGCCUCAGGUACUGUGGAAGAUUGAGAGAAACAGAUAUUAAGCUCUCUUAUUAUUAUUAUUAUUAUUAUUGCACUUUUGGAAAAAAAGAAGAAAACAAUUACAGUGGAAAAACUUUAGGUUUGAAAUUAACAAUUAAGAAAACAACUUAAUAAAGACUGAUCUAGGAAGAGUCCUUCACAACGCUUAUAUCUGAGUUAUGGCCGAAAAAUGUUGUCGAUUUACAUGAGAAAAAAAAAAGAUAUGUCUUUCGAUUUUUAUUUCUUUCAUCCAAAUAAUUUACCAGGAAAUCAUAGUUUGUGCCUUUCUAAGUAAAAUGUUUAAAGCUCAAGUGAGUGUCCCGCAAUGACAUUUUAUCUAAUCUGUUUCAAAUGCUCACUGGAUUACUGUGUGUGUCUGUAUAUGUGUGUGGGACUGUCUGUCCAUGAGUGUGUGUGUGUGUGUGUGUGUGCGUGCGUGUGUGUCUGUGCUUGCAAAUGUGGAGGUUUUUGUAAGUAAAUGUGUUUUAUGACUGUGAACAUCACUUGCUCUCACAUAUAAGCGGUAUACAUCUGUUCGUCCUCUGCUGUGACAAUCGACACGCGUACAGUUGUGUUGUUUGGUUUAGAGGGAGAUCGUGUGUGUGUGUGUGUGUGUGUGUGUGUCUGUGUGUCUGUCUGUCUGUCUGUGUCUCUGUGUGUGUGUGUGUCUGUCUGUAUGUGUGUCUGUGUCUGUGUGUGUGGCCUAAUAGACAACAGCCCAAAUCUGUUUGAACCAUUGUUUGAGGAGGUCACAGACAGACGUGCAGCUCAGCGAGGUUUACUUGUUUAUGUGGUUCAUCAUAUCUCUGCUGUUUCUGAGCCUGAACACAAACGAACCUUACCAGAGAGUCAAAGUGUACUGAACCAAAAAAACAAUUGCCCUUUUUUUGCGUUCCUUGCUGUUGUUGAUAACUUUAGUUUAAUGUAACUACAACUGCAACUAAUUAAUUCAAAAAUCAACCAUUCCCUGACUUUUUUCUUGAUGAAUCGAUUAACAACACACACACAUUAAAAAGGAAAAUAAAAUAGCUUACAGUAGCUGAGGCUAUACAACCAUUACUACUAUUUAGCAGUAGGAUCUCAAUAUUUGAUUAUUUCUCAUUUCUUUGUUUAUUGUUCACAGCCCCGUGUAAAGGCCUUAAAAUAAAUAUCUAAUUUACUAUAAUGAAGGAAAUGGUUAAAAAUCCUUUCUAACAUUCAAAAAUAUCAAACCAUCAAAUGUUUGAUAUUAUUACUUUUAAAAAUACUAAAUGUAUUGAUUGAUUAACAGAAUAGUUGAUUAAUAUUCUCUUGACUGUAAUGGUUGCAGCUCUAGUUUUGGGGAACUCUUCGAUCAUUUAUUUUACACGUGUUCUUUUUGUUUUUUGUCUGGCCAAUAUGAGUUGUAUGUCUGAGUGCUCUGUCUGUGUUCAGGAGUGUCAAAGUCAUCAGAGAUUGCAACAUUUAUGGUCUUCAGUUAUUUAAAGGAGUACUCCGCUGAUUAAAAUUUUUGUGCUUGCUCUGGGGAUGUACAAGAGCCAGGUUUUCCAAGUGGUCUCAAAUGAGGCAGCAAGGGACCAAGACAUCCUGAUUAGUAUCGACACUAUUAAAUGAAGGCUAGUACCGCUCACUGACACCAUGUGAGCUGUGGGGUCUGACACGUGCAGUGUAACUGGAGCUGCAAUGUUGGAGGAUUACAGCAGAUGGUGCUACAAAUAAAAGGACGGUGUCCACUUAGGUUUGGGUCAGCAACUUUUACUAUAUAAAAACAAAUUUUGGCCAAAUAAGAAAAAAAAGUAAAACAUUUCUCUGAAGCUGCAAAACAUUCGAGCCUUUUAAAGAAGACACAACCGCCUAUUAAAUUUAAAUUAGCCAAAAUUACUAGUAGGUCUAAAUAAGCAUUUCUUAAUAUUUUUUUGUCAAUAUGCAGUGAGGACACAAGUGCAAAUGAGAAGAAUGACACUUAAGAAAUGUCUCAGGAGAUUUACCAAGCUAUGGAAAUUCAAGACCACCCCUGUUAUAGUUUGGCAAAAUUUAGAGGCUAAGGCCCCAGGCUGUUGAAAGGUUGAAACAUUUUUUUUAAUUCAAUAUUUAUAUUUCACAUUUUUCCAAUUGAAGAAUGUAAGAAUCAUUUUAGGCCUACAGCAAUGAUAAAGGAAAAUGAAAUGUUAUUCAUAUCCAUGUCAUGUUUUGUCAAAGCAUCUGGAAAAGGCUUAGGAGCCGCAGGUUGCCCACCCUCGGCUUAGGAGCUCUCUGGGUGCACUCGGACUGACAGAACCAAUGUGUUGUCGAACUUGCACCACUUGUUGAGCCUUUCGGCAAAUGCUGACCAAGCGGCAACUAUUUGGGUCUGAAGAGUUAAGCCAAUGCAGAAGUGCCUUAAUCCUUCAUUCUUUCUAAUGGCCAGCAGGGGCCGACACCACUGGCUGCAAUAAGAAGUCUGUUUGUUUGAAAGUCGAUAGUAAAAUUACCCUACUUUUCACUUGAUUCAUUACCUCUGUAAACAUUUUCCAAAUAACUUUAUGGUCUCAAUAGCUAGUUUUAAGUCUUCUUCAAUACAAUGUUGUGUUAAUUUUGUAAAUUAUGGUCCCAUGUAGAGCAUAAUAGACUAUAAAGAAGGGUAUAGUUUAGGGCGCAGCUAACAUAUUAUUGAGAGAUUGCUACCACAGUGCAUUGUGUGCUGUCAUGUUAGAACUUUGAGCCUCUCCUAGUGUGUUUUCAGCUCAUCAGACCUCAUUGUAACAUUUUGGUAAUUUAAAAAUUCAGAGUUGGGUUGGACUUAAAGACACUCUUAAGAAUCGGCUUUUAGAAUAAUGGUUUUCCUUUGCGUACCAAGCUAGUAAGCUAGCAUUAGCUAUGAUGACAAAGCAUAAUUUUGGCCUCUGAACUAUGCUGCCAGUUCGUACUGGAUACAAAGAAACAAAAUGGGAACUGCCAAAAUGUAGAACUCAAGGCUUCAAAACUAGAGUCCACAAACCAAACGGUGUCAUGGUGACUGUGUGAAACAUUUUUAUGAUAUAUGGUCAUAUCGUUGGGGUGCGACACCUUUACAAGUAUGAAUCAAAUUAAAAAACAAACACUGGAUCCUACAUUUCCCAUAAUGCAGCGGGAUAGUGUGUUUUAUGAGAUAUUUCCUGCAGGCUUUCUGUUAAAAAUUUAAUCUGUCAAGCCUGAGGAAGACGACCCUAAUGACAUCAUUCUCUCCUCAUCAGAGUUAUUUUUAUUUGAGACUUUAGAAAGCACCCUCAGAACUGAAUUUGGUUUCUUUUUGUUGGAUAUAAGAAUCCAGUGCAUUACUUAUAGUGGGAAAAACUACAAAACGUUAAUAACAGCCUGAUUAACUGAAGAAAACACCACCUGAGCCUCGUCGUUAAGAUGCAUUCAAGUUUAACUAGUUUUUUAAGAUUGAACAACACUGACUGGCCAGUAAUGUCACCAUUGUGUGAUGAUCAUGACCAACAUGCAUUUGUCAUGAAAUGGGAAACGGAAGUUUUAAUUGUUUGUUACUAAAAGCUUACAGAAAGAAAAUAUGGCAAAUAUAUAAAACAAUUCUGAUGGAAUUGGACAUUAAAAUCUGAAUCAAUGUCAUUUAAAGGAGUGUAUGUAACGUGUAUCUUUACACAUCCAGCAGCAUGACUGCAUUUAUCUUAAGCUUUUAACGUGUGGCAGGAGAGAUUUAUAUGUGCGUGAUUUAUAGGACCGACGCGCUGGAAUCAUUCACCAUGUGAAGAACAAGGAGGAACCUGCUAUAUUUGGUAACGGUAUUUUAACACGAGUUUUACAGCCACUCGUCGCCACGGCUCAGCUAUUCAUCUAAUUUAGACUACACUGGAGGCAUGUACAUUGCUCAGAGACAAAACAAACCUGAAGAUGCUCUGAGGAUGGUGCGGUGCGCCAGCGCCCUUUUACGCGUGAAGUCGUCUGUGUAUCUCACGCGCUGCUGAUAAAAAAAAAAAAAAAAAAGCUUUUGUUGGCGUAUUCAAUUAUUCCGCUAAAGCUAAACCGGUUCAGCUGACCAGCGUGGGGACGCAGCUUGACAUAAUCCAUUACUUUACGUUUUUAAGUAUUUAUAGUGAUUUCUUUUUUUUCUUCUUUUUUUUUAGAUGCUCAGACCAAGGUUGAACUGUGUUUUUGCUCUGUCAGUGUAACUUUUUUUGCAUUAUGUAUUUGUAAAUAUGACAACGACAGAUCUCUAAUUGUGAAUAAAAAGUUUUAUCACAGGAGUGAAAUUAA